GAGAAAGCUUCCUGGAGGGGAAGCGAAACGUCUUCAAACCUUGGAAACCAGUGGAUUGUUUUUAAUUUUGCAGAAAGUUUUUCUACUUUGUGUGCCAACUGUCACGGUUGCUAAGCAACAUCGGUAGACCUGUAUGAAUUCACAGCAUAAACUCUUCCGGUCUCACUCCUUGGAGGAUGCAGCUCAUGAAUUGGAACGCAGCCAAUGAUUGAAACGAAGACGGCAGUUAAACUCUAAAACACUUAACGGACAAGUUUCAAAUCUCCAUGGCAACAGUAACUUUGCUGUUACCGAGAUUUGUAGCGUGAAAGACAGCGAUUGCUUUGAACAGGGUUUGGAGGAAGGUCGGUGCUCCAGUUUUCUGCAGGGAGGGAAACUUUUCCUCUGAUCUUUGGAAAUGGAAGAGAAAGAUCCUCUGAUGAUGGCCGGAACAGACCUCAGCAGCAGCAGCAGCGCUCCUUCUGCAGGGAGCAGACUGCAGCUUUUACUGAGCAUUGGCUCAGAAUGGACCGGUCCCAGCGCAGCGCAAGUUGCAGCUAUGAAGACUCCAUGGGAAGAAUGCAAGAGCGACUAUCACCAUGAAGGAACUUCAUACUUCGCAGCUGGUGGUGAUUUACCCAAAGUUCAAGUUCCCUUCAAAACCCUUCCUGGCAAAGCUCCUCGUGAAUUAGUGCAGGAGAGAUGCCGUAGGGAAUACAUGGUGUUAGACUUAGAGCAACUCUUAGCAGAGAAAGGCAUAGAGUCUAACAGCUUAAUGCCAAGAGAUAUGAACAGUGCUGCUCCUGUUACUCUGAUGUCAGACAAUACAUUAUCAUCCUUUUUGCCUCUAGAGAUUUUUGACAACGAAGAUUAUGACUGCCGGACUCCGGAGGAUUGGCUUGCUCUGGGCAAAACUGAAGGAUCAGAUGAUCAAAAGCCUAUUCCUGCAAAAGCUUUACUACCUAAAGGGGAUGCAGCUUUUGAUAACCCAGAGAGUCAGCAGCCAGGAUACAGCUGGGAGUUAGUUGGGGUUCUUGACUAUUGCAAAGAAAAAUGUCAGUACUUGGUGCAGAAGGUUCUCCAACACAGCAAUCUGGAAGAAGAGGAAGUAAAACCUUACGCAGCGAGAAAACACACGAAAAAGAUGAAUUCUCUCCAUGGAGGCUCGAAGCACUGGGUACCGAGGAUAAGACUGCUAUUCAAAGCUGAGGAUCCGCGGGUCUUUGAAGAGCGAAUCCACUUUGCUCUACGUUUGAGGAAGAAUGCAGAGAAACAGCUUCUGUGGGACUUGACUGUGGACUGCAUGCCCAUCCAGCCAGGGGACAUGUCCCUCUGUGAAGACUCCCUGCAUCGCAUCAGAACGUCUGUCCAAUCAGCUCGCGGCUUUGAACCAAGAAGAUUCGAAAGAUGUGUAGAAGAAAUCAAACUGGAAAGUGGCCGGGUUAUGAACGGUAUGGAAUAUGACAAAACCUAUGAGGAGUUAGAAACCUUCUUCCCACAAAGAAAUGCUGAACGUGUUCCUCAAGAACGAUGUCUUCUAAUGCCUCCUGGUGACUUUGAGAAAAGGAGAGCAGAAUUUGGCCAGAACUUCUUGCUAAACCACCCAGAGAUGAGAAGGGUGAUAGCUGAAGCUAUGUCCAAGUGCCAGAAGGUUUCAGACAUGAAGCUGUUCAAUGUGACGUUGCCAAUUCGACUAGAGGAAUAUGAACACCUCCAGUACACAGUCCACUAUCAGAUAAGCCAUUAUCUAAAAGAGAAGUGGAUCCCCCUCCUGAGUCGCAGCAUGUUGACCGCUAAGAAAUCCCUUGCUAAAGGUCGCCAUGGGAAAAAGUUCUACAUCCCCAUGUUUAGACUGAUGAAACUGGUGAUCUUCAGAAGCUCCUUGCGCAGCCUUGUGCUAGACUCCCUGGAUACCCUGGCUGAUCUGGUUCUGGAAGCUUGUCACAGUGUGCUGGAGUGUCCUCAGGACCUGGUCUGGGCAAGCGACCUGAUCAGCAGCCCCUACAAGCCAGAGAAAAAGCCUCUCUAUCGUGUCUGUCUGGUUAUGGACCAAAGUGGGGUUCAUUACAAUCCUCCACUUGAAGACUUUGAGACAUUUAUCACAAAAAUGUUCCAGUCGACCAUUUUGGUCGCACACAAUCUUCAUAAGUCUGUGAUGGAACUGGAUACUAUGGACAGUUUGUCACUCCAGCCAAAGAGUUUCCAUGAAAAAGAAAUAAAAGAGCUGGAGGAAAAAGUCCGGAUGGCUCAGAUGAAAGCAGCAAUACCUCUAAGGGCCUAUGCCGCUGAAUAUGAGAAAUACUUGGACCUUUACAAUUUGGACUUAGGAAGUUUCAA